AUGAAGAGAGUGAGGGAGGAGUUCUACGGCGGCGGCUCGCAAUUCAAGCGACCUUUCGGCUCUUCCCGCGAAUCGUGUGCGCAACCAUCAAUUCCAGGAGUUGGAGGAGGGGCAGGAGUAGCUGUAGUGGGUGAUGGAGUAGGGCCUGCAGGAGGAGCUGGUGGUGGCAGAAUGGAGGGAGGCGGUGGAGGUGGUACUACUGCCACUGCUAGUGGAGCUUCUCAUAAACUUACGACCAACGAUGCCUUGACCUAUCUUAAGGAAGUGAAAGACAUGUUUCAGGACAAACAGGACAAGUAUGAGACUUUCCUUGAGGUCAUGAAAGAUUUCAAGGCUCAGAAAACUGACACCGCUGGUGUUAUUGCACGGGUCAAAGAGUUGUUCAAAGGACAUAACAACCUAAUAUAUGGUUUCAAUACCUUCUUGCCGAAGGGUUAUGAAAUAACUCUUGAUGAUCCACCAAAGAAGACAGUUGAAUUUGAUGAAGCUAUGAACUUCGUUAAUAAAAUCAAGAAACGGUUCCAGAAUGAUGAACAUGUGUAUAAAUCCUUCCUCGAUACCCUUAAAAUCUACCGGAAGGAGCACAAAGACAUAAAUGAGGUCUACAAAGAGGUUGCUGCUCUCUUCAAGGACCAUCCGGAUUUGCUUGACGAGUUCACUAGGUUCUUACCAGACAAUUCUGGAACCGCAGUGUCACAGCAUAACUCUUCCACUGUCACCUUGCGUCCGAUGCACAUAGAGAAGCAACUUAGGCGAGACAAAGUUGUUAAUUCAAAUGGUGAAAGGAAUCUUAGUCUUCAGCAGCCUGAAAUGGAUGAUGAGAAACUGAUGAUGAAAGCACACAAAGAACAAAAAAAGCGAGUUGAGAAAGAUGGUAGAGACAACCAUGGUCGUGAUCAAGACGAGAGGGAACUUGAUCAUGACAGCAACAGGAGGAAACCCUCCCGGAAAGUUGAGGGUUAUGGAAUCAGUUCUAACUUUGCUUCUUAUGAUGACAAGGAUAAAUUAAAAAGCAUGUACCAUGAAGGAUUUGUAUUCUGCGAGAAAGUCAAGGAGAAGCUGGGCAGCUUCGAUGAUUAUCAGGCGUUCUUGAAGUGCCUUAAUAUAUUCAAUAAUGGAAUUAUUAAGAAGACAGACUUACAAAAUCUGGUGACAGACUUACUUGGAAGAUAUCCUGACCUUAUGGAGGAAUUCAAUGAUUUCCUACAGCGCUGUGAGAACAUUGAUGGGUUCCUUGCUGGUGUUAUGAGUAAAAAAUCACUGGUCGUUGAUGGGCUUUCAGCAAGAUCAUUGAAGGUGGAGGACAGAGAUAAAGAGCCGAAGUGUCAACUUGAUCCAGAAAAGGAGAGAUGCAGGGAGAAGUAUAUGUCAACAUCUAUUCAAGAGCUUGAUCUUUCUCAUUGUCAACGUUGCACCCCUAGCUAUCGGCUUCUGCCGGACGAUUAUCCAAUACCUGCGGUAAGCCAUAGACCAGAUCUUGGUGCUCAAGUCCUCAAUGACCACUGGGUAUCUGUAACUUCGGGGAGUGAAGAUUACUCUUUUAAACAUAUGCGUCGGAAUCAGUAUGAAGAAAGCUUAUUUAGAUGUGAAGAUGAUAGGUUUGAGCUGGAUAUGCUGUUAGAGUCUGUUAGUGCAACUGCCAAACGUGUAGAGGAACUAGUGAAUGACAUCAACCAGCAUAAAUUUCAGUCACCAAUUCGGAUCGACGGGCACUUUACUGCUCUGAAUUUUAGGUGCAUUGAGCGUCUAUAUGGGGACCAUGGUCUAGAUGUGCUGGACAUUUUGCGCAAAAAUCCCGCAAUUGCAUUGCCUGUUAUACUAACUCGCUUAAAGCAGAAGCAAGAAGAGUGGAUGCUCUGCCGUAGAGAUUUCAACAAGGUUUGGGCUGAGAUAUAUGCAAAAAAUCAUUACAAAUCACUGGAUCACCGUAGCUUCUAUUUCAAGCAACAAGAUUCAAAGACCUUGAGCUCAAAAUCUUUGCUAACUGAGAUUAAGGAUUUGAAAGAGAAGCAACCAAAGGAGGACGAUGUUCUUUUUGCCAUUGCUGCUGGAUACAGACAAACCCUUGUACCACAUUUGGAAUACGAGUAUUCUGACGGCACGAUUCAUGAAGAUAUACAUAAACUUGUCCAGUAUUCAUGUGAAGAAAUUUGCUCAACCAAAGAACAACUUAGUAAAGUUAUGCGGCUUUGGACCACGUUUGUGGAGCUAAUGCUUGGUAUUGUUCAAUCCAAUUCCAAGGAUAAUCCUCUAGGAGGUGAUGGGAAAGAUAAACAUCUUCUUUCAAAUUGUAAAACCAUGAGCAGCAUGACUGAAAAUGGUGUAGAACCUGCCGCUAACGGUGUGGUGGAAGAUUCCAAGUCACCAAGAAAAUGUGCUGUUGAUAGUGUAGAUGAGAACACUUCACCUCAAUGUGGUCCCACCUCUUCAGAUAUUGGAAAUGAUACACCCAGGGAUUUGAAUUCUGUUAAACCAGAUAAUGUUUCUACGUCUGAUGUCAUUACCAACACGCAAAGAGUUGAGAAAGAGCAGAAGAAUCUAGAAUUGAGUGAGAAAAUGGCUGUGCUUAACAUACAGACAAGCUGUAGUGCCGGAGAUGCUGCUGCCCGAGUAUCUCCUAAGACAGGAUCAGAACAAACUCAUGUAAAUUACAACAGUGAUGGAAUAUCAGACCGGGGUUGUAGUUCUGUGAUGCCCCUGUCUAGUUGGGUUGCUACAGAAGGUUACAAAAAUAAAGGAAGUGUUGAUACUGGUGUUUCUGUAGAGGGUGGGGUUGUAUUAUCAGCAAACGGACGUUUUUCUAAUGGCACAACGGUUAAUCAUAACCUGGAUGCCUCCACUGCUCCUCCCAAAAUCGAGAAGGAAGAGGGAGAGUUAUCACCUAAUAAUGAAUUCGAGGAGGAGGAUUUUGUUGGCUAUUUACCUAUACCAAAUGGAAAGAACACUGCUGAGAGCAGGAAAAAGGGAUCUGAAGAAGAUUUGGAUUGUCUGGGUGGAGAAAAGAAUGAUGUCGUUGCAGAUGAUCAGGACAGUGAAAAUGGUUCUGAGCAUGCAGAUGAUGUAUCGGGCAGUGAAUCUGUAGGGGAUGAUGAGUGUUCCAGAGAAGACGAGCACGAGGAAGAGGAAGAUGAAGAUACGGGGUUGCAUGAUGAAGUUGAUGAAAAGGCCGAGAGUGAAGGUGAAGAAGCUGAGGGGAUGACCAAUGCACAAUUUGGUGGAGAUCUACUACCUUUGGAAGAGCGUGUGCUUUUAUCCGUUAAGCCUCUUGCUAAGUACGUUCCAGCAGCUUUACUGGACAACAAGGAAAGGAAUGAAUCACGGAUUUUCUAUGGAAAUGAUGAUUUCUAUGUGCUUUUCAGGCUUCAUCAGAUCCUAUACGAAAGAAUUUUAUCAGCCAAAAUUCAGUCAACUAGCACAGACACGAAAUGGAGAACUUGUAAGAAUGAUACUUUUGUGGACCCAUAUCCCAGGUUUCUGACUGCGUUAUACAAUCUGCUCGAUGGAUCUACUGAUAAUGCGAAAUUUGAAGAUGAGUGCAGAGCCAUUAUUGGAAACCAGUCGUAUGCAUUAUUUACGUUGGACAAGUUAAUAUUCAAAUUGGUCAAGCAGCUGCAAGCUGUUGCUGCUGAUGAGAUGGACGGUAAGCUUCUUCAACUGUACGAGUACGAGAGAACCAGGAAAGCUGGGAAAUCCAUUGAGUCGGUUUAUUAUGAUAAUGCACGUUACUUUCUGCACGAGGAUAACAUAUAUCGUAUGGAGUUUACAUCUUCUCCAUCUCACAUGUCAAUACAGCUUAUGGAAAAUGUGCCAGAGAAGCCCACCGAUGUAUUGCCAGUCUCCAUGGAUCCAAAUUUUGCAGCAUAUCUGCAGAAGGACUAUCUGUCUGUUUCUUCUCAUGGCAAAAAGGAUCCUCAGGGGAUAAUACUCCAUAGAAACAAACACAAGUUUGAUAAGAUGGACGCACUUUCUGCAUUCUGUUUGGCAAUGGAUGGUGUCAGCAUUGUCAAUGGUUUGGAGUGCAAGGUUUCCAGCAGCUCAUGCAAGAUCUCUUAUGUUCUCGACACCGAAGAUUUCUUCUAUCGAUCAAGUAGAAAGAAAGCCUCAAGGGGUCAGAGUCGCGCUAGAGUGGAGCUUUUUCACAGACUGUUGCAGUCCUCCACGUGA